AUGACAGCACCUGCUGGAGCGGCUUCCCUUGUGGGAAAGCCCAUCCGGUUUGUUCCCAACACGUCUGCGAUUGAGCUGCCCUUUUAUGCGAAGCUGUUUGCGCUCAAACUCGACCAUGACAAGCUCAAUGACUCAAUGCGUCCGGUCUUGGGCCUCUACGAGCCCCUCAAAGUCGAGCCCGAGUAUAGCAGCAAGAUCCAGAUUCUGGGAAAUGCCCUGACCAGUGACGAGGGCCCCCAUGGAACUUGUCGCGCUGAAGGCCAGAUCAGGAACACGAACACCAUGGAGGAAUUCAGGAAUCUUGAUAGGCCUACCAUUCUAAGAAAUUCCGCACGUUCGAUUUGGGAUGCAAUCAAAGACGGCUCCAUCUACUCGGUCCCGUCGCUCCUCUCGUCCUUCAUCAUCAUCUCCUACGCCGACCUGAAAAAGUACCAGUUCACUUACUGGUUUGCUUUCCCAGCCCUUCACUCCUCGUGGAUCCACACCGCCGAUUCCGCUAAAUUCACCGAGGAUGAGAUCGAAACCUUAGAAGGUAAAGUUGGAACAUUCCAGAGGAACCGCGAGGAACAACGACAACAUGGAUAUUUCCUGGCCAAGAAGGUGCCGUAUUCCCCCGACGAGUCGGAAACGAACGAUAAGCUCGCCGAAGGCCUCGGCUACAGCUGGAAGAUCGGACCCCUUGGCGACUUCGAGAGGGGUUUCUUUGAAAACGUCCCUGAGAAGGACAGAUACGUCUGCUUUGUCGAUCCUUCGACUUAUGAGCACAGUCCUGGCUGGCAGCUGAGAAAUCUCCUAGUGCUGAUCCAGCAUCGAUUUAAGCUCAAGGACGUGCAGAUUCUCUGCUACCGAGACACCCAUGAGACACGCCACCUUUGCAGAAGCAUCGUCCUACACAUCGCGCAGGCACCCUCACCCGGUUCCACCGUCAUUGCCAAUGGCGCAGACGGUGAGAUGCCCAACAUUACGGGCUGGGAGCGAAACGGAAGGGAUCUCCGCGCCAAGCAGGUCAAUCUUGCCGACUAUAUGGAUCCGUCGAGGAUUGCUGACCAGGCUGUGGAUCUGAACCUCAAGUUGAUGAAGUGGCGCAUCGCCCCGGGCCUGAAUUUGGACGCCAUCAAGUCGACAAGAUGUCUUUUACUCGGUUCUGGCACGCUCGGUAGCUACGUCGCCAGAAACCUCAUGGGCUGGGGUGUUCGUAAGAUUACCUUUGUCGACUACGGCAGGGUCUCGUUUUCGAAUCCCGUCCGCCAGCCUCUAUUCCAAUUCCAGGACUGCCUCGAAGGUGGCGUGCCCAAGGCGCCCCGCGCCGCUGCAGCCCUCAAGGAGAUUUACCCCGGAAUCGAGAGCGAGGGUCACGUUCUCACGGUCCCCAUGCUGGGCCACCCUUUCGUGGACGACGGAUCGCAGACGAAGGCGGAUUUUGAAAAGCUCGAGGCGCUCAUUAAGGAUCACGAUGCCAUUUUCCUGCUCAUGGAUUCGCGAGAGUCUAGAUGGCUGCCUACGGUCAUGGGUAAGGCGGGAAAGAAGAUUGUGAUCAAUGCGGCUUUGGGCUUUGACUCGUAUGUGGUCAUGCGCCAUGGUGCUGAGGACCCUGUCGAGGGACACACACCGCUUGGAUGUUACUUUUGCAACGAUGUCGUUUCCCCGGCCAACUCUAUGAAAGAUCAAACGCUCGACCAGCAAUGCACCGUCACGCGCCCGGGAGUCGCGCCCAUCGCAUCGGCCCUCGCCGUCGAGCUUCUCACCAGCAUCCUUCAGCACCCACUUGCCCACCGCGCUCCCGCGCCCCAGCCCACGGGCGGAGUCACCGCCGAGCGAGACCCUCCCGAGCACGCUCUGGGGUUGGUUCCGCACCAGAUCCGCGGCUACCUGUCGACCUUUCAAACCCUGAACAUUCUCGGCCAAGCUUAUCCCAAUUGCAGCGCGUGUAGCGCCCCCAUCUUGGACGCGUACCGAAAGGACGGCUGGGAAUUUGUUAAGAGAGCGCUUCUUGAGAAGGAUUACAUCUCGGAGCUGUCGGGCCUCGCGGAGAUUCAGCGUCAGGCCGAAGCGGCGGAGGCGGAUCUCGACUGGGAUGAUGAAGAGGAUGGCCUUGGCAAGGUCGAGGAGGGCGAUGGCGAGCUUCUCUAG